GCGAAUAGCUGCACUCUACUCACAUUCUUCUCCAUGGACACGCUCGCCGACAAGCUAGCUGGCACGCACAUAGGCCCUGUGGACGAUGGGGCAUUGCCUGGGUUGGAGGAUGCGUACCGGAGCCUGCUUGAAGUAGUAUCAUAUCCGAUUCUGCACAGCGACAAAUUCAAGCAUCUAAACAUCGAGCCUCCCAAGGGCGUUCUCCUCUACGGGCCACCGGGCGUGGGCAAGACGCACCUAGUCCGAUCAAUAGCCACCUCUACCAACGCCACCCUGACGACAAUCCACGGGCCCGAGAUUCUGACGCCAUUCCUAGGUGACAGCGAGCGGUUGCUGCGGGAGAAAUUCUCGACCGCCCUCCACACACAGCAGAAUGGCCGACCAGCGAUAGUGUUUAUUGACGAGAUCGACAGCAUUGCGCCGCAUAGGCAACAGAAUGCAGGCAUGGAGGCGCGGAUGGUUGCGCAGCUACUGACGCUAAUGGACGGGCUGAAGGGACGAGGCAGACUGGUGGUGAUUGGCGCGACCAACCGGCCAAACGCACUAGAUCCGGCUUUGCGCAGACCGGGGAGGUUCGACCGGGAAAUCUCGAUUGACGUGCCAAACCAGAUCGCCCGGGCCAAGAUCCUCCACCACUAUUUGCAAGCAAUGCCCAUUGAGAAUAUCGACAUUGCAGGGCUUGCUGAAUCCACCAACGGGUACGUCGGCGCGGACCUAUCGGCGCUCUGCCGCGAAGCCGCCAUGCAAGCGAUCCGUACAAAGGGCAAGGGAAAAGUGACGCAGCGCGACUUUGCCAUGGCCAUGCGGCACGUGCAGCCGUCGACCACCCGUGGCGUAGGCAUAGAUGUGGCAGAAACCACCUGGACCGAUGUCGGCGGGCUAAAGGACACCAAGCUCAAGCUAAUCCAGGCUGUGCAAUGGCCGCUCGAGCACUCCCAGGUCAUGCAUAGAUUGGGCGUCACGCCGCCGCGCGGCAUUCUAAUGUAUGGCCCGCCCGGCUGCAGCAAGACGACGUUGGUGAAAAUCAUCGCCACGCAAACCAAGGCCACAUUCCUGUCGGUAAACGGCGCCCAGCUCUACUCGCCAUACGUCGGCGAUGCCGAGAAAACCGUCCGCGAGCUGUUCAAACGCGCACGAGCAGCCAGCCCCUCUGUGAUAUUCUUUGACGAAAUCGAGGCUAUCGUCGGCAAGCGUAUGUUUGAAACAAAUGCCCAAGGCGACUCGGUGCAGGAGCGCAUUUUGUCGACCAUGCUCAAUGAAAUGGAUGGGGUCGAGGUAACCAGCAAUGUACUGGUCAUUGGUGCCACCAACCGCAUUGAUAUGGUGGAUGCGGCGUUACUAAGACCGGGAAGGUUCGACCGCAUCAUCUAUGUGCCGCCGCCAGACCGCGCUGCCCGCAAGGAGAUUUUGGAGAUACGGGCCCGCAGAAUGCCAUUAAAUGCAACAGUGGAUUUCGAUGUGUUGGCAGAUCUGACCCAAGGGUUUUCGGGUGCCGAUUUGGCCAAUUUGUCGCGCGAGGCCGCAAUGAUUGCACUGAGGGAGAAUAUCGACGAAUCCAGGGUCAGCAUGGAGCAUUUUGACAGGGCGAUGAAGGCAGUGCAGCCGUCGCUCAAGGCAGACCUGAUGGAGUACUAUGGCAGGAUGCAGCGCGAGUUCGGGUAAGGGGCAGAAGCGCGACUGCCGUUCCUAGAAUAGGCUUGGGGCCCAAUGUAUGCAAAGUUGGAUCCAGAAACCGCAUCACUGUAGAUGGCACGUAUAGAUGUUUCAAGACAUUCAC